AUGACCCAAAGCUGCAGACACUCUGGCCCUGCCCUUGCCUCUAUCCUACUGACCAUGCUGCUGGCUGGCUGCGUGCUGGCCUCCAAGAUUGUGGGGGGCCGGCAGGCCCAGCCCCAUGCGUGGCCCUUCAUGGUGUCCCUACAGCAGCGAGGAAGACACUUCUGUGGUGGCACCCUGGUGGCCCCGAACUUUGUCAUGUCGGCUGCGCACUGUGUGAACGGCAGAAACUUCCAGUCAGUGCAGGUGGUGCUGGGGGCACACAACCUGAGGAAGCGUGAACCCACCCGGCAGUUGUUCAGCGUUCAGCAAGUCUUUGAAAAUGGCUUCGAUGCCCAGAGGUUGCUCAAUGACAUCGUGAUUCUGCAGCUGAACGGGUCAGCCACUAUCAAUGCCAAUGUGCAGGUGGCCAGGUUGCCUGAGCAGGACCAAGGUGUAGGCAAUGGAGUGCGAUGCCUGGCCAUGGGCUGGGGUCAGCUGGGCACAAACCGGCCACCACCCAGAGUCCUACAGCAGCUCAAUGUGACUGUGGUGACGUCCCUCUGCCGCUCCACCAACGUGUGCACACUGGUACCACGCCGGCGGGCCGGCAUCUGCUUUGGGGACUCUGGUGGACCCUUGGUCUGCAAUGGGCUGAUCCAUGGGAUCGACUCCUUCAUCAGGGGAAGCUGUGGCUCUGGCUUCUACCCAGAUGCCUUUGCUCCCGUCGCGCAGUUUUCAAACUGGAUCAACUCCAUCAUUCGCCGACAUGAUGGACACCCUCAUCUCCACCCCAGGGACCCUGCAAGUCGGAGCCACUAG